CCGACUCAAACGCGGCAGGACAACGUAACCGAACGAACGCCAAAACACACUCUCCCGAGGCACGAACUACGAAGCAGAGGGAACCACGAAAGGGACACCCGAAAGCAGCUAGCGGCAAAACAGCAAUCGGCGGGCGGCGUCUCUCGCGGACAAAGACCGGCUACAAUAACAAAGGAAGUGGAUCGCGGGGAAGGGUGUCAGCAGUGGGCAGCCAGGAAGCGGAAGAACAGCGGAAGUGCAGCCAUUUGCACUGCCCUCAGCCGCGCCCAGAACGGGGCAACAAGGAAGCGGGCGAAAGGGAUUCAGGAAGCAGACCAAGGAAAUUGCUUUUGGCCAGAAAUUGAAUUGAAUUCGAGCCAUUCCGAUGGGCACUCCUCAUGUUUGCUUUGCGGACGAGCUGCCGCAGUCGCAGCAGCCGAGGCGUAAGGAGAAGGCCUCCUCCAACGGGAGCAACGGGAGCCUGAACAACAACAACCAUUUGGGGAAGAAGUCCAUGUCCGAGCUGGAGGUGUGCUCCUCGCCGGGCAGCAGCCUCAGCGUGUCGCCAGUGCCCCGCUUCGAGCGGAACUUGGGCUUCUUUCGGCAGCUGAGCCGACGCUUCGGCCUGAGGUCGCAGGAUGACCUACUUCAGUCGGAUGACGCAGUCGCCGCCGCUGCAGUGGCAGUUGCAGCCGUGCAGCACCAACAGCAGCAGCAGCAGCAGCAGCAGCAGCAGGAGGAGGAUGCACACAGUUCAUCGACCGACUCGUGCUCCUCGGGGCGUGGCCUGGCCGCACACCAGUCGCGACUGGAGCUGAUGUCCAUGUCGUGCGCCUCCAGCGAGACGAGCAGCACCCUGGACAUUGAGGAGCAGCAGGAGCACCUGCAGCAGCAGCAGCACCAGCGCCAGCAGCUCCAACUGAAGCUGAAGCAAACGAACCGUGCCAGCUUCUCGCGGCUGCAUCGUCGCUCCACAUCCUCGCUGCGCCGCGCCUUCGAGAGCCUCUCGCUGACCUCACGCUCGCUCUCGUGCAGCGGCCCAUCGCCACCGCCGCCACCCCCUCCGGCGGCCGCCACCCACUCGGCAAUGCCACUGAAGUCGGCUCUCAAGUCCGCCUCGAACGUGGAGCUGCACCAGCAGCAGCCGAGCAGCAGGCCGACGGCCGUCUCCAAGUGCGGCAGUGGCGGCUCCUGCACCGCCGCAACGUCGGUGUCGGGGGGCAAGAGCGGGGGCAAGGGUAAGCCGCCGCCACAGAGAAUUCUGCGGCAGCCCGUCUCCUACACAUAUCUGAAGGGCAUGUCCGGCCUGCCCACCCAGCGGGUGCCGCGCAGCUCCGUCUGCUGUCAGUAUGCGAGGCGCUAGAAGGAAUUAGAAGGUUCUCGAGUCGCAUUGCUCCACAUCCCCAUUGCCUCCCCCUCUUUCACCCGAAUUCAUUUCAAAAUCUGUGAUACAACAAGCCUUCCCCUACUCCCACCCUCCCCCCUCCUAACCACCCCAUCCAUCAUAUCCGAAAGUCUUCACCAAACAAACGAAAAAAGGGAAACCAAACCACAAGAAUUGAAAUGAGAAAUGAGAAAAUUUUAUAAAAAUUUGAAUAACUUUUGCACUUGGAAAACGAAAACCAAAAAAAACCAAAACAUAUAUAAAAUAUAUACAAGAAGAAGAAUUAUUAAGUAGAGAGUAGAUGCAUUCGUCAUAACUCACAUUUAUCCGCUUGAUUCUAGGUCUAAAGAUCAUUCCACACACGCAUACCAAAGACUGUAAAAGAUGAAUUAAACUUUUCAUUUCAUUCCGCAGUUGUAGAUUUCCUUUAGACGUAUAAAUUCCUAAACGAUUCGUGCCUUUAUCGGAAAAGUCAAAGCAAAAGAAAAGAGGAUUAAAGUGAAGCAAAUCUUUUCUUUCGCAUGAGAGAAAUUCGUAUGAUAAGUUAAGUGUAGAUUUUCCUUAGUGAAUGUUAAAUGGGAUCAACAAUUCGUCGUCAGGCAUUUAUCUAUGUUCCGAAAACACACACACAAAACAAAACAAACCCUAACUUUAGCCUUAACUUUAACUUGAACUUUAACUUGAAUUAUUUACAUUAAGAACUUGUUCCAUUCCAA